AUGCUGGCCGCGUUCCCCUUCCUCUUUGCGCUGCUGUCGCCGGCGCUGGCGGCCACUGCGUGCCUCGAGUCCGGGGACGAGACGGCCAUCAAUGCGCUGUUCGAGCGAGGCGCCCGUGGUGUUCACGGCGCCGGGCCAGACGCUGACGACGGCGGGGCAGCCGGAGGGCCACGACCGGGCCCUCCUGCUCGUGACGGGCGAGACGCAGAGUGUAGCUGUUCGUGCGGCGGGGCGCGGAUCUCGCACCUGAUCGUAGACGGGAACCGGCCACAAAUGCUCCGUGUUAUGGGCGGCGAGGCGCUGCUCGAGCUCGGCAACGCGGACGACCAGGCCGUGACGCACUGCAGACUGCUGGAGCCGCGGGGCUGGAGCGCCCUGCACGUUAGAGAGGGCGACGAGCUGUCCUGCCGCCGCGCGACGGUGGCGCACAACGUGAUCGGUCCCGCCGGCGAGGAGUGGGACGACGAUUACGACGGUAUCGACGAGAAGCAGCCCGCGUGGGGCAACCCGCGCGCAGACGGGAUCUCGCUCGCGUGCCGCGAUUCGCUCGUCGAGCACAACUACGUGUUUGACGCGACCGACGGCGCUAUUGUGCUCUUUGGCUCGUCUGGAUCGACAGUGCGGCACAACAGGGUCGACAGCAAGACGCGUGUCGUGUUAGGCGGCGUGAAUCUCGUCGACUACGACCCGUGGAAGGGCGACUAUGCCGGCGUGCUCGUGACGGACAACGACUUUUACGCACACGCGCGAUACUUCAAGGUCGGCAUUGUGAUCGGCCUCAGUUCCUGGAGCGACGACACGGACAAGAUCGUGCGCGGGGGAACGGUGCGGGGAAACAGGUUCCACGGCAAGCACUUCGGGUACGCGCUCGUCGUCUCGUCCGCCGAGGACUUUACGGUCCUCGACAAUGUCGUCGACAAGGACGCCGUGUUCUCCGGCGUGCCCGGGGCGAGGUGCCCGACCGCGCCAGAGAAUGGACCCCCGACAGCCUUCCUCAUCAACAAGGGAAGCUCGCGGGGGACGUUCCAGCCCGAGUUCCGCAACGGAGAGGUGCAGCACAUCAUCUGCGUCGAGCCCGAGGACUACGUCCCGUGGCGUAUGCGCGACAGUCCAGAGGCGAUCGCGGCCGCCGAGGCCGAGGAGACCGACUCGGACGCCGACGCGCCAUCGUCGGGCACGCUGAUCGACGACUCGAAGCUGGCCGACGCCCUGGUGGCAUAUCAGGACAAGCUCCUCUCAGCGAUCGAGGACGUGGAGCGCCGCUCCCGUCUCCAGCUGCCGGGCAAGGAUCCCGUCGAGCACGGGGUGCAUGUGCGCCCCGCCGUCGCAGCCGACUCGGACAGUGAAGACGAGGCCACAGAGCGCGCGCUCCGACACAAGAUUGAGCGGCUCGAGCGCGCGCAGCGCAAAAUCGAACGCGAACUCGGCGCAUUCAAGUAUGCCUUUGGGCAGUUUGCCGAGUUUCGCGAUGUCCAGAUUGCGAGCAAUAAUCGCAACUUGCUCGAGAAUGUUUACAAGCAGUUCCGCGAGCGGAGACUGCGAACCGUCAGUACCGCUGCUAGCUCGCGCGCUACUGCCAUCAAAGCGCGCGUUGCGCGGGCCCGGGGCGUCAGCAUCGCGGCCUGGGUCAUUGGGCUGCUCGCCUUCCUUGCCCUGUUUACGCUGAUUCUCCGCCGCUUCUACGCCGGACAGCGGUACAAGGGCCUUAAGACGCAGGGGCUCAAGACGCACUAG